AUGGCGGCUCUCACGGUUCCAGCAGUGCCUGCCCCCGGAAUGGGUACUGCAUUGGAUGGUCUCGCUUCCCAGCCGAUCAACUCUCGUCGCCCAGCGGCCCCGACGCUGCCCAGCUUUGAAUUACCUCCCCCACCGUUCGGCUUGGCGGGUGCGGCGGCUCCUAAAUAUCAAACGCAGCACUCAAAUCAACCGCCCCUGUCGCAUCCCCCGGCGAACGUGAGUGUGGGAAACUUGUUGACGCCUCCCGCGACGAAUCAGUCUGGGGAAACCGGGACCAUUUCUCAUUCGUUGCCCCCUUCUUCUGGUGUCUCUUCGGAUAUGCCCUCGGCAUAUUGGCCUGGUACUACUCCGUACGGAGCUCCAGGAGCUGGACCAGGCCAGUGGGCAUCAGGACCCAAUGCCGCUUAUUCUGGACGCAGCUCUUUCUCUCCCUCUGGUCUGCAUCGUUCAGGGCCAGUCACAUCGCCCCCUACUACCGACGGGCUGUCUCAGCCGUUUGAGGCGCCUCCCAUGGCGUCUUUCUCGCAAGCCCUACCCGCGCCUUCCACCACUCUUGCUCCCGGUCCUCAUUCUGUCACCAUGGGUCUCUAUCACUCCGGUCACACUGCGUCAACUGCAUCGCUGCCAUCGAAUGACCCAUAUAACCAGAAAAUGCACUCUCUCUACGCCUCUCCCAGCCAUCAGACCGGAUUCUCUCCCAUCUACACGGGCCCCAAUCCCAUUGGUGGCCACGGCGGCCUUGGAAUUCACCCCGGAUCGCGCAUGCCUCUCCAAAGUCCCGGCGGCCAGCCUCCGUUGAGCUUCCCUCGCCAACCUUGGCCGUCUUAUUCUCUCCCCGCAAUGUCUGGCCCUAUCAUGACCAAUGUUCACAGCCCGAAUAGUCCCAUGUCGAUGAUGGGAGGAAUGCAAUCGGGCAUUCUGCCUGGUUUCAAUAGUGGACACAUCGCCAACACGCAGCAUCUCUACGGAGCGCACCCGGCAGCCCAUCAUGGUAUGCCUGGUCCAACCGCCGACCGACCGUUCAAAUGUGAUCAAUGCCCCCAGAGCUUCAACCGGAAUCAUGAUUUGAAGCGUCAUAAACGAAUUCACCUGGCCGUGAAGCCUUUCCCUUGCGCACACUGUGACAAGAGCUUCUCGCGCAAGGACGCAUUGAAGCGACAUAUCCUGGUGAAAGGCUGCGGCAAAGAUGGGGAUUCGGAUGCGCUCAGUAAUCAGACUGGCACCGACGGGACGAUUAAAGGCGAAGGCCGCAGUGAAGACGGCAGCCCCAUGAUGAAUGGGCGCAACUAG